CGCAGGGGAUUAGCAACUUGUCCCACCGUGCAGUCAAGUAGUUUCUUUUGCUUCUCCCCCUCCCCCAACACGCCGCCCCUCAUUGGCUUUUUUAUUUUUUCCCCCUUCCCUAUGUGGAGGACGAAUAUUCCUCCCCUUUCCCCGGCCGCCUGGCCCUUUAAGGAGGCCCCUUUAAUUCCUUUCUCUGGCUCUUGCCUCCUUGUUUGGCCAUUCGGGGCCCACCCCUUCUCCUCCAAGAGAGGGGGAGCAAGGCUGCAAGGUGAGGAGGGGGAAGGGGAAGGAGGGGGGGCUGGGAAACUCAGAGCUGGGAGGGGGGGCCAAGGGUGCCUCUUUGCCGCUUGCUCGCGAGGAAGAAAGGAGCGUGCAAAAGGGGGCAGAGGAGGGUAAGCCAAAGAGGAGGAGGGUGGGGAUGGUAUUGUCUGCUCCCGGCUGUGAAUGGGAAGUGGGGAAGACUUGCAAAAAAAAGGGGGGGGCGGGUGGUGGGGGAAAAAGAGAAAAAGAAAGAGCUCCUUUGCACUUGCUUGCUAGCAAAGGGGGUGUGUGAAAAGGGCGGGCGGUGGGCGUUUCGAAAACCUUGCAGAAAGGCGCUUUUUUCUCUCUCUUUUUGGGGAAAUUUUAAAUAGGAGAAAAUGCACGCGCUGCUUGUACAGUGGUACCUCGGGUUACAGACGCUUCAGGUUACAGACGCUUCAGGUUGCAGACUCCGCUAACCCAGAAAUAGUGCUUCAGGUUAAGAACAGAUAUCGUGCAGCGGCAGCGCAGCGGCAGCAGGAGCCCCCAUGAGCUAAAGUGGUGCUUCAGGUUAAGAACAGUUUCAGGUUAAGUACGGACCUCCGGAACGAAUUAAGUACUUAACCCGAGGUACCGCUGUAUUAUCGCGCGAUGCCACACGCGGGAGCGUGGGAAGCUUUAUUCCUUGCCAAAAACCAAAAAAACCCACCACCGGGGUGCAAAGGAAGGAGCAGCGUUGGUGCGCCUCAGUCGCCUUAGCUCGCAUCACCACGCUGGAUGGGUGUGAACGGGAGAGCUGGGGAGGGAGAGAGGUAGGUUGGCAGGCCGUUUCACACGUUGCGUGUAGGAGAUUUUCCAGCGUUUGCUUGCAGGUGCCUUGGAGACCCAUUAGCUUUGGAGAAACGAAACCACCCACCACAUAAUGAUCCGCAUAGAGUUUAAUCACUUUCUCUCUAAACCCCCCAAUCGCUCACAUGCUUUCUCUGUGCAGAACGUGAAUGCAGCAAACAGCAUUUUUAAAAAAAACAACAUUUGUGGAGUUAAUUGCAUCUCUCUGCUUGCACGUGCAUCUAUUUCACAAUGCGUUCAUGUGCUGGAAAGCCCGGUUCAGCUGCUGGUUCCCAGCAAAUGAACUCUCUUUGAACACACGGUUCAGACAUCUUACGGGCUGAAAGAUGAGAUGAAAGUGGAAGCGUAAGUUUUCGAAAUCACAGUGGUGACGGACCUACAUCUGCGUCUCUCUUUUUCAGUGUAACGUGUGAACUAAGAUUUGGAAAGGGAGGCCGGAUAAAUGGGUGUUACUGUACUGGUGCACUGAUCUCAAAAGAGGAAGUUAAAGAAAAUGAUGAACAUCUUAAUAUACAGAACUGCCUUUUUUGUCAGCUUCAGGUGAUUUGCCAGCUUAGACGUUAUCUGGAGAAAACAGAUCUGGCUUCAUUUGCUUUCACCCUGGUUACAUCCAGAUUAGACUACUUCAUGUGCUCUGCGUGGGGCUUCUAUUAAAGGCGGCUUGAAAAUUCAAGCAUCACCUGGCCGCUUGGCGGGCCAGUCGAUUGGAGCAUAUAGCACAAAUUCUGUACUGGUCUUUCCAUGUCCAGUUGAAAGUGCUGGUGGUUCCAUUUAAAGCUCUAAAUCAUUUGGGACCCAGGUUAUCUGAAGAGCUGCCUGCAUCUUGGUUCUUUGUACUGGCUUUUCCAGGUUGUAGAAUUGUCCAACUUCCCAACCACCUGCUGCUCAUGGCAAGCCAUAACACUGGCAGGAGCUGAGCUGGCCCAGGGUCUUCUGCAUCCCAAACCCAUUGCUGUCAUUUGGCUGAUGUAGCCUGGAGCAGGCUUUUGCCCAAACCUUGCACCCUGAUUGGUAUAGGUACCUCACAAUUUAUCUUACGUAUGUUCUGUCCGAAGGUUACCCUGUUGCCUAUCCCUGUUAAUGUGAUAUCAAUUGCUGCCAGUUGCUGGAAUUUGCAGGAGGGGAGAGUCUGUUGCGCUCAGGUCUUGCUUGCUGGUUUCCCAUGGGACCGCCUCUCCCGAUAUGCCCACAGAGGACCUUAAGGUCCGUAAAUAGCAACACCCUAGAGGUCCUGGGCCCUAAGGAAGUUAGAUUAGCCUCAACCAGAGCAGGGCCUUCUCAGCACUGGCUCCGGCCUGGUGGAACGCUCUGUCUCAUGAGCCCAGGGCCCUGCAGGAUCUGAUUUCUUUCUGCAGGGCCUGUAAGACAGAGUUGUUCCUCCUGGCCUUUGGCUUGGAAUCACCUUGAUUCCCUCCCCCCCUUUCUUUUUUCCUUUCUCCUCCUGUGAUGAGGCUGCAUUUUAAGGUUUUAAUGUUGUACAGUGGUACCUCAGGUUACAUACGCUUCAGGUUACAGACUCCGCUAACCCAGAAAUAGGGUUAAGCACUUUGCUUCAGGAUGAGAACAGAAAUCGUGCUCCGGCGGCGCAGCGACAGCAGGAGGCCCCAUUAGCUAAAGUGGUGCUUCAGGUUAAGAACAGUUUCAGGUUAAGAACGGACCUCCGGAACGAAUUAAGUACUUAACUUGAGGUACCACUGUAUUUUGAUCUUGUUUUUUAAGUUGUAUUUCAAUCAACUUGUUUUUAUUAUUGGUUGUUAGCUGCCCUGAGCCCGGUCUUGGCUGGGGAGGGCAGGGUAUAAAUAAAAUUUAUUAUUUAUUAUUAUUAUCUGUUCAGCCACUGUGAGAACAGGAGGUGGACUAGAAGGGCCAAUUGCCUGAUCCAGCAAGCUCUUCUAAUGUUCCUAAUUGCCUCUCAGUCCAAAGGCUGUUGAUCCUUCAAUAUUGUAGCACAACAUUUUCCGCUCUUUCUUUUCAGUGUCUCGGCCUCCUGCCCUCCUGGGCCUGCCUCUUCCGCGUCUUCCUUCCCUCUCCACACACAGCCUGACCCUCUUCUCCUUCCCGUGAGGACUGAUGGCAUCUGGCGUCGAGCUUCUUCGCUUCCAGCUCCCCGGCCACGAGGCGGCCACCCUUCGCAACAUGAACCAGCUCCGCUCGGAGGAGCGCUUCUGCGAUGUCACCAUCGUGGCCGACAGCCUCAAGUUCCGCGGUCACAAGGUCAUCCUGGCUGCCUGCUCCCCUUUCCUGAGGGACCAGUUCCUCCUCAACCCUUCCUCUGAGCUCCAGGUCUCCCUUAUGCACAGCGCCAAGAUCGUGGCCGACCUGCUCCUCUCCUGCUACACCGGCGCCCUGGAGUUUGCCGUCAGAGACAUCGUCAACUACCUGACCGCCGCCAGCUACCUGCAGAUGGAGCACGUGGUGGAGAAGUGCCGGAAUGCCCUGUCCCAGUUCAUCGAGCCCAAAAUCAGCCUCAAGGAAGACUCGGCAAAGUUCGGAGGCCACCGGAGGUCCAAGUCCCCUAGCGUAGUUGGCUGCUCCACCUCGUCCCGCAAAGAACAUUCACGCAAGAGGUUUGCUGAAGAAUCUGCUUUCAUCUGAUCCUUCCCCCCCCCAAUAAGUCCGCAAAAAAAUCGGUCCACUUGAGCUCACAUUACCUGCCUUAAUCAAGUUCCUUCCUGAAAGAAGAAAUAAAAUAAAAUAAAAAAGAAAACCAACUUUUGGGGAAGGUUCCCCGCCUGGUCACCUGGAGGUGUUUUCUUGCCCACCACAGGUGACCAAGGCAAGCGGUUUAAUGAUAAUAUUUGUUUAAAUGUGCAGUAAGGAAUGCUUUGGGUAAGUAAGGCAAUAGCACCAUUUUCUGGUAGGCAGUGAAAUAAGCACACCACCUGCUUUAAUUUUCAGUUAAUCUGAGCUAAUUAACCUGUUUUGACUAAACAAACACCUGUUCACCUGCUCAGGAUCGCCAGUAACAAGUGGGCAAGUUUUCCAGUGCGCUAAUUCCAACCUAUAGAUAUGGGAGAUGGUCGGUAGCUCAGCAGUGGAGCCCGGUUUUUCUGCGUGGGAGGUUUUGCAUUCAGCGACCUGACUUCUUGACCUAGAAGUAGUCCUGGGAAAUGUCCUCUGCCCAAGACCUUGGAGAAAUGCAGCCAAUUAGUGGAAGGUGAAGGCAGGGUAGGGAGGUUCUCCCAGGUUGUGAGGCUGGAGGAAGAGGGGGAAGCUCCCAGGUAAGAGCUGGGAGGGUUCACUUUUCUGUGUGUGGAAUAAGGAUUAAGAUAUAGUUGCAACAGAGGGCCUGGUGUUUGUUUUUUAUUCUUUUCAUUCUUUAAUCUCUUGUUUAUUCUUGCUUCUUUCCUGUUACGUUGAAAAUUCAUGAUAAAAAUUGAUUUUAAAAAGAGAAAUGCAGCCAAUCAGAACCACUGGCCUCAAAUCCCUCCGACUCUACCAUGCCUGACAAACUGUGCCUGAUGAGAGUUUAUAGUCCCAGCAACAUCUGAAGGGCCAGAGGUUUCCCACCCUGGCCUAGAUCAGCCAACAGUCCAAUGCAUGUACAGUCAUACCUUGGUUUUCGAACAGCUUAGUUCUCGAACGUUUUGGCUCCCGAAUGCCGCAAACCCAGAAGUGAGUGUUCCGGUUUGCGAACUAUUUUUGGAAGCCGAACGUCCGACGGGGCUUCCACAGCUUCUGAUUGGCUGCAGGAGCUACCUGCAGCCAGUCAGAAGCCGCGCUUUGGUUUCCGAACGUUUUAGAAGUUGGACGGAAUUCCGGAACAGAUUCCAUUUGACUUCCGAGGUACGACUGUAUAAGUGAUUCCUCGUGAUGGUUCUCUGCCACCGUUGCACUAAUUUGUGUCUUUGUGUCUGGCAGGUCCAUGCCGCGGCCCAUCAAGCUGGAGUUCCCGAUGGAGGAAGAUCUGGAGAUGAAGGCGGAGGACGAGGACGAGGAGCAGGACGACGACUACGGGGACGAUGACGCCGUCUCCGACAUCUGCAUCGUGAAAGUGGAGUCCGCCCUGGAGGUGGCGCAGCGGCAGAAGAAGCAGCAGGCUGGCACCACGUGGAGCAAAGAUAUGUCCCCUCAGCAGAGCUGGAGCAAAGAACCUUCACCCCAGCAAGCUUGGGGCAAAGAGUCUUCUCCGCCACCCGGCUGGAGCGAGGACGCGUCCGGAGACCAGGAAGAACCUCAGGUCAACUCGACGGUGGCGGAGGCCAUGGGCUCCCCUCCAGAGACGACCCCGGAGAAGUCCCAGCAAGGGGUGGUGAAGGCUUCCUACAGCCUCUCGGAGGACGCUGAGGGCGAAGGCCUUCUCAUCAUCCCCGGCGGAGGCUACUUGGAGGAGACCAGCGAGGCGGCGGCUGUUGCAGCAGAAUGCCAGAGCAGCGGCGGAGGGAUGGGGCUGGUGCUGGCCGGACUGAGCGGGCGGCCUUUCUCCACCUUCCCUUCGGCAGGGAGAGGCGGCGGUUCGGGGACGCCGGGGGGCGGCGGCGGCUCGCGGAUAAUCCGCUGCACCAAGUGCGAGGAGGUGUUCCAGGGGGUGGAGAAGCUGGUCUUCCACAUGCGGGCGCACCACUUCAUCUUCAUGUGCCCCCGCUGCGGCAAGCAGUUCAACCACAGCAGCAACCUCAACCGGCACAUGAACGUCCACCGGGGCGUCAAGUCGCACUCGUGCACCAUCUGCGGCAAGUGCUUCACCCAGAAGUCCACGCUGCACGACCACAUGAACCUCCACAGCGGCGAGAGGCCGUACCGCUGCUCCUACUGCGACGUCCGCUUCGCCCACAAGCCCGCCAUACGGCGCCACCUCAAGGAGCAGCACGGGAAGACCACGGCCGAGAACGUCAUGGAGGCCAACGUGACCGAAAUCAACGUCCUCAUUCGCUGAGGGAGGAGGAGGAGGAAGAGGCGGAGUCGCGGCGGCAGGAAGUGGAAAGGGAGGGGACUCCUGAGCUCCAAGGGAGGGAAGCGGGGGUGUAGCGGUUAGAAUGUGGGGGCUGCGAGCCAGGAACCCCUUGAGGGUUGUUUUUUGGGGGUAGGGACUAGGUUUAGUGUCUUAGUUUGCUAGAGGGAUGGAAUUCCUGGAUUAUUUGGAAGGGAAUGAGGGUGGGCAGGGAUAGAGGAUUAGAGAAGCGUAAAUCACGUGGGAAGCGUUGCUCCUGGGUUGCCCGGGAGGUGUGGGGUGGGGGUCUAGUUAGUGAGGGGAGGGAGCUGUGAGGAUACCGGAUUGUUUGGAUCUGUUCUCUUCUUCCGCAGUGCCCCAUCCCUCUGUCCUUUGUGCCCAGUUACCAGAAACCACUACCUCUUUUAUAGCCCGGACCUAUCUCAGCAGCCAAAGAACUACUUUAAAAGGCCAUUGAAGAAACAACACGGUGUCUGUAGGGAGGGUGAAUUGCAUCAAGAGACAGCAAGCACUGCCCUAAGCCUGUCCCCCUUUGUCCUUCAGUAACUACGCAGAGCUGGGUGGGUGCAAAAUCACCCAGGAGCCUGCAGAGGGGAGCCAGAUGUGGCCGUAAGCCUCCCCGUGACUGUAGCUGUGACAGGGAAGUUGGCAGUGAUCUUAUUCUCCCAUGUCAAUUCGCCGCGAGAGCCAGACCCCUACACACGCACAUGCACACAAAAGUCUCUACUGUGUAGUUUGACUUCAGAAAUUGGGGCACAUUUUGAUCCAGAUACUGAGAAGCCAGUACCGUGGUACCUCGGGUUACAUACACUUCAGGUUACAUACGCUUCAGGUUACAGACUCCGCUAACCCAGAAAUAGUACCUCGGGUUAAGAACUUUGCUUCAGGAUGAGAACAGGAAUCGUGCAGCGGCAGUGGGAGGCUCCAUUAGCUAAAGUGGUGCUUCAGGUUAAGAACAGUUUCGGGUUAAGAACGGACCUCCGGAACAAAUUAAGUACUUAUCCCGAGGUACCACUGUAAUUCUGUGAGGAACUGCCAGAGCGGGGCGGGACAGCAGGGUUUGAGCAUAUUCUGCACCGUGUAAGUAUGGAAUCUCAACCUUCAAUACUUUAAACAAACAAGGAAGUUACUAGUCUUUAUGGCUGUGAACAUAUGUUUGGAAUCUGAUAGCAGCAGUGACAGGAAGCUGGGAGAACACCAGGAGGCAGGACUUCCUCUGAUCAGAGAGUGGACUUCCGGGGCAGACCUCCUCGCGCCUUUCGAUUAGCAGCAGCAAAAAAAUGAAUGACACAAAAAUAAACCAGUGAAGCCCUUUACUUUGUAUAAGUCUGCUCAGGUCACAAGGUCUUGCUUUCCUUGGUGCAAAAUGUGGAUUGACCGCUACUUCUUUUCUCAAAUCACAGAGAAUAAACAACACCGCGAAGAAGGAAACCUUUAGAAACCCAAUGUGAGAUGCAGUCGUGCCUUAGUUUCCAAACAGCCUAGUUCUCGAAUGUUUUGGCUCCUGAACAAUCGAAACCCAGAAGUGACUGUUCAAAGUUUGCAAACUAUUUUUGGAAGCCGAAAGUCCAAUGGGGCUUCCGCGGCUUCCGAUUGGCUGCAGGAGCUUCCUGCAGCCAAUCAGAAGCUGCGAUUUGGAAGUCGAACUGACUUCCGGAACGGAUUCCAUUCGACUUCCAAGUUACGACUGUAUUGGCUAAUGCAGGGAUGGAAAACCUGGAGCUUGUGGGAUCUCCUCGUUUAAAAAAGGAGGUAAGAUCCCAAAGCCCACUGACCAGAGCCAGAUGCAAAAUAGUGGAUUGGAGCAAGAAGCCAGUUAGGAGCGUACAAAGAUUCCUCCUGGAUCGGACCAAUGACCCAUCUGCCUCCACAUCCUCCUCUCACAGUGGCCAACUACAUGCUGUCCCCCAUAAAUUGGGAUGCAAUGACCUGUGUAUACAAGUGCGUUGUCAGAAUCCCUCCUUACUCCUGCUUAGAGCCCUUUAUAAAAAUGCAGUGGGAGGAACAGAACUGUUGUGUCUCAAGAUUUAGGGCAGGGGUAGGCAAACUAAGGCCCAAGGGACGGAUCCAGCCCAAUCGCUUUCUCAUUCCGGCCCGCGGAAGGUCCGGGAAUCAGCGUGAUUUUACAUGAGUAGAAUGUGUCCUUUUAUUUAAAAUGCACCUCUGGGUUAUUUGUGGGGCAUAGGAAUUCAUUCAUUUCCCCCCUAAAAUAUAGUCUGGCCCCCCACAAGGUCUGAGGGACAGUGGACCGGCCCCCUGCUGAAAAAGUUUGCAGACCCCUGAAUUUUAGGGCAUUGUAGGUGGCUCCCCUGCACAGGGCACCAAGCGGGGGGGGGGGAGCAAAAUUGUGAAGAUCCAUAACUGAGAAGAUGCAUUUUGGGGGUGCCAAAUUGUAUGAAAGGUGACCAAAGUCUGCCCCUGCCGGGCUAGUAAAACAUUUUUCAGGCUGGUAGCUUUUGUGGAGGCGAGUCAUGCUGAAUACUAAAAAAGAACAAGUGCCAAAUAAAUGCAAAGAUACUGUUAUUUGGUCUAGAAAAGGACAAGCAAGGCACAUUUAUAGGUGUCCUUCCAAGGCCAGGCCAAUACAUUUUGCUGCCUGGGACAAAGCAGCAUAGAGUGCGACCCCUCACCCCCCAAAUAAAGGUACAUAAUACCCAAGGCCACCAGCCAAGUUAUUUUGGCAUUUUGAGGCUGAAAAUCCCCCAUGCAUCUCUUCCUUCUCCUUGGCAGUAAAAAACCCCCAAGGGUAAUGAAGCCAGUUGAUAACAACCUGUUAGCUUUUCGUGACACCCGAAGUUUGCUGCCUCACUGUCUAACGGUAGGGCUGGCCCUGAAUACAUAGGAAGUAGCCUUAUGCCAAGUGAGACUUCUGGUUCACCGAUCUCAAUACAGUGGUACCUCGGGUUACAUACGCUUCAGGUUGCAGACUCCACUAACCCAGAAAUAUUACCUCAGGUUAAGAACUUUGCUUCAGGAUGAGAACAGAAAUCGUGCUCUGGUGGCGUGGCGGCAGCAGGAGGCCCCAUUAGCUAAAGUGGUGCUUCAGGUUAAGAACGGACCUCCGGAACUAAUUAAGUACUUAACCCGAGGUACCACUGUACUAUCAACAUUGAUUGUUUGCCAGGAAAGUUGACAGAGGAUGUUCUUUUCCCUAUCUGGAGAUGCCUGAGAUUGAACUGCCAAGCAGAUAUUCUGCUGCUCAGAUGUGGCCAUUCUUAGUUUCCACUUCUAGGGAGCAUUAUUCGACCCUGCAUGUGCUUUGUGCUAAAUUAUAUACACACACGUGUGUGUGUAUAUAUAUAAUAUCAAAAUUCUGAGCCGUGGAAAGCUGGAUCUUGCAACCUGUAUGGGAUGUGCACAGGUAUCACUGCUUAUAUUUGAUCAUUCAUUCUGCUAAUGAAUAACUUGGGUGGGGAUUGUUGGGACUGAAGCCCGGUACCGAAUCCUUAAGCGCUUCCCGCAAGGAAUCCUGCCAAACUGCUGCUCUGGUUUCUGAGAUAUUGGCAACACUGUUCACUUUCAAGCAUGUCACAGCUUUGAGGACUAGAAACUUACCUUUUUCAAAACCCGUAACAGGAACUGAAAUUCUCAGGACACUGAAUUCUGUACAUGGUACCAAAAUGCCAAGUUGCGCACGCGGAAUACUCAGCGGUUCUUGAAUCUGUCCCAGAGGCAAUGGGGGGGGGUGAGUUAUCUCCUUGAGGUGGUAAUGGCUCGGAUCUCCAAGACCCUUAACUAGUGUCUUUUUCUCAUUAAAACUUUUUUUUCCUAAAAAUAAAUCAAUAAAAGAAACUAUAAUUUU